ACACAGACCGAAUGCUUUCACUCCAUACCCUCCCGGGAUUUUAGUAACCUCGAUAUUACCGUUGAACGUGGGACUUGGUUUCGUCUGCGUUGUCUAGUUCGCUCCUAGUAACGGCGUCUGCAGCAGAGCCAGUCCUAAUCACGACACUAUCACACAAGCCACGAGUGAUCAUAUUUAUAGCGAGCUGUUUAUAGCAUCAAUAGCACUAAGGGAUUAAGUCGAGACUCGUACUGGUUAUGACGAACUUAGAUGCCGAAAAGGGUCCUCAUUCGCUGGUGAGGGCCCGUAGCUCAAAUACCUCUCAGGAUUCUCAGAGGAGACGAACGGGAGGAAGAGCCGGCGGGAAAGGAGGAGAAAAGGGAGGCGCGAGAGACAGCAGAGACGGGUCCCUGAUUGGUGAUGACGUCACUCAAGCGGAAUCUGAACGAGUGCGAGUGACUAUCCGAGUACGGCCGCCUACCGAAGAGGAAGCCGCCAGCAAUGGGGAGUUCGCCAUGGAUAUAUCGCCUGAGGACAGCACCGUCGUCCUUCACAGGAGCAACGGUCAGCUGGAGCAGAUGGAGUUUGAAUUCGAUUCCGUUCUCCCGCCAACGGCCACUCAAGCGGAUGUCUAUCAAGUCGCCGCCAAGCCCGUCGUUGCGGAUGUGCUGAACGGUUACAACGGCACGGUCAUGGCGUACGGGCAGACGGGAGCGGGCAAGACAUACACGCUCUCGAGCACCAAGCCGUCGCAGCUCGGCAUCAUCCCGCGCGCUGCGGCCGAAGUGUUCGUGAUGGCCCGAGCCGACCCUAGCCACACGUACCGGGUCUCGAUGUCGUACAUCCAGAUCUACAUGGAAAUGAUCCAGGACCUGCUGCGGCCGUCGAGCUCGAACAUGCAGAUACGGGAGAGCGAGAACGGGGUGUACAUCUCGGGCGUGGAGGAGGUGGAGGUCACGUGCGUGGAGGACUGCCUCAAGCUGCUGGCGGUGGGCGAGAGAAACCGCACAGUCGCAUUUACCAAGAUGAACGCGCACUCGUCUCGCAGCCACGCCAUUGCGAUCAUCACGGUGGAGAAGAAGCGGCGGAAGGAGGUGGAGAGCAGCGACUCCGAGGGGAACUCGGGGGCUGUUGCUGCUGGGGGACACGGGAGUGAGGAGCACCGCAAGCCAGAGAAGAAAGACAAGAUUUUGGUCGGAAAGCUCUUCCUAGUGGACCUUGCAGGUUCGGAGCGGCUCAAGAAAUCAGGCUCAGAGGGUCUCAGAGCCAGCGAAGCCAAGAGCGUCAACCUGUCCUUGACCGUUCUAGGAAAGUGCAUCAACGCCCGGGCAGACCCCCAUGCGCACCAUGUACCGUUCAGGGACUCCAAGCUCACUCGCCUGCUGCAGGAGUCACUGGGAGGCAACGCCAAGACCUCACUUGUCAUCAACGUCGCCCCCACCAUCCACCAUCUCAACGAGUCCCUCUCCUCCCUGCUCUUUGGCUCCCGGGCCAUGGAGGUGAAGACCAAGGCGGUGGUGAACGAGGAGGAGGAGUACCGCAUCCUCACCCGCACGCUGCAGGAGACCAUCGACGAACACGACGACCGCGUGCACUCCCUCGAGGUGGUGGUGUACUCGCAGGAGGAGCAGCUGUCGCAGGCCAAGGCGAGUCUGGACGAGCAGAAGGAGCUGGUGGGCGCCCUGCAGGCGGAGCGGGAGGAGAUGGAGCAGAAGCUGGCAGAGGGUGUCGCGGCAGUGGAGGAGGAAUGGACUGCCAAGCUGGAGAAGGCUGAAGCCGAGGCGAGCCAACGGAUGGAUGAGGCACAGCAAACCUUCUCAGAGGGUAAAGAAGGCUGCCUGGAGGCAGAUUGCCCGGAAAGGCAUGAGCUCGCAAGCCCCGAUCAAGAGCAGCGGGAAGGCGUAGAGAGGGAUCUAUUUUUGAGGCGCCUCAAAGAAAGGCACGAUGAGGAGUGGGAGGAUGGCAGUGGAGUGAGGGAGCUGCUCGGUGCCUUCACCUCCGCUGCUCUCUCUCACGUGCAGAACCUAUCCAAGGCAACAGAGCAGUUAUCAUGUGAGAGGGACGAGAUGGCCAAGGAACUCACAUCAGCUCAAGAAAUGGUGCAGAGGCUGGAGCAGCAGCUGAGGGAGGCGCUGGAGGCGAAGGGGCACCUGGAGGAUGCCCUCUUGGUGGCCUCGGAAUCCGGUGAAGCGGGUGAUGGGAGCGGGCUGCAGCUGCUGGUAGUGGAGAAGGCGGCGCGGCAGCAGGCAGAGAAGGAAGCAGAGGCGCUGAGAGCUGAGAAGAGCCAGGGGCAGUUGAUGCUGGAAGAGACCGAGAGGAAGCUGGCGAAGCAGACAGAGGAAACUGCACAGCGCACCCAAGAAGUGCGAUCGCUCAAGGCAGAGAACAAGAGGCUGAACGAGCUUGUGGUGGCAACGAGCAGGGCGCUGGUAGCAGGAGCAGCAGACGCAGCAGGAAGGGCACUUUCAUCCCUCGAUCACCACUUCUGUGCACCCAAGAUCAAGGCAUAGCGUGUUGAUUUCCUUCGGCGUACAGAGCAUGAUGCCAUUACCUUGUGGUGGUAACAAGAAGAGUGCUGGUACCAUAGCAGGAGCAGCUGAUAUGGCCAGAAGGGCUCUGGCAUCUUCUCGGAUCACCACCAACUCUGCUCCGCUAAAAUAAAGAUCAAGAAGAUUGAAGACCUAGUGUGUUGCAGGUUGAAGAACUUAGUGUAGCAAACAUGCCCCGUUAUACAAUGGUUGUUGAUUGCCAUUAUAGAAACUGUACGUGCAGGUUUGGCCUGCUAAGCCACUAGCUGUUGGUGUUGUGUGUUGCUUGCUCUGUUGGUGCACGCUAGGUUUGUGGAAGGGAUUGGCCAGAAGCAGUGUUUAUGAGAUGUACGGAACUUUAUAGCACAUCAGAACUGUAGUAUC